GAUGUGGACGUGGCAGACAGUUACGACAGUUCCGAUGCGAAUGUCCGAUUAGAGAAACUCGAAAGGAUUACUGUGGCAAAACACCCCGGGACGACGUCGGUAACAUUUCUGUGAAUAGUUUGACGACCACUGGUCUUCGAAUGCGGUUCUGAUCAGGGGCAACUGACCGCUUGGCAAACUCGUUAUUUUACCCAAUUUGAGAUCUAGGUAUGAUCUUAGGAUGAAUGUGAACCAGCAGACUCCUAUGGCGUCCCCAUACGGCCAGCCCCAGCCUGGCUACGGCCAGCCCAGCUACGCUACCCUUGGUGGGGGCUACCCUGACCCCUACGGCCCCUACAAUGGCCCCUCUACAGCCUACCAGCCUGGGGCUCCACCACAAGGUUACUCUCCCUAUGCCAGCUUUCCCUCUAAGGCUGUGGCAGAGAUCCCAGUCUCUGACCUGUCCUCUCCACUUGACUUAGGAUCCGCUAGAGGCCCCCCUACGUCGGCGCCCCCUCCAGUCUCAACCCCGCAGGCAUACUCCCAUUAUACCCACGGAGACACUCAGAACGGACCACCACCUAUGAAUCACCCCAUGGCCCAGCCAGCUCACAGGCCUCCUGUAUCCCAACCAUAUAGCCAAAGCGCUAUGAACUUGUCUGGGCCACAGUCCUCCUACCCACAGCAGUAUGGGGCUGUGCCCCCCAUGCAACAGAUGACCAAUCAGAUGUCAGGGAUGCAGAUCUCAUCAGGACCCCCCACAUCUGCUGGACUGGGAUAUGCUCCUCGUCCCAGCUCCCAGCCUCUAAUCAGUAACACCUACUUGGCUGCUGCCCCUCCCUCCUAUACACAGGCUCCUCCCCCAGUGUCUGCUGCCCCCUCCCAACCACCUCCUCCCAGUGAGCCUGCAGCCCCCCAGCCUUACUAUGGUGGCCAUCCUGCCCUCCAACAGCAACAACCCUUCCCUUCUUCUGCCCCCCUUCAAUCCCAACCCUUUCCCUUGUCCGCUCCAUACUCGGGGCCUCCCCCUUCCAGCCAACCCCAGACUCCUCCUGUCUCUCAACAGCAGUCCUUCCCGCCUGGCCCCCCUUCUCAACAACCCUUCCCCAACUCUGCCUCUCUUCCAGGCCCGCCUCCUGUCUCCUACGCUGACCCCCAUCCCACCCAACAGCCCUUUCCCCCGAGAGGCCCCCCUCCCACCUCCCAAACUGGCUCCUUCCCACCGACUUCUUCGCCCCCUGCCCAGUACCUUGGCCCCCAGCCCCCAUCCCAGCCGGGGCCCCCUCCCUACCUCUCUGGCCCCCCACCCCGAGGUCCCAUGCCACCCUCCUCCAUGUCCCAGCAGCAGGCCAACCACCUCCCCCCCGGUUCCAUGCAGCAGCCUCCUCAGCCUGGCAUGCAGGGAGGAUACCCUCCACAGCAGAACGGUGCAUUUGGGCAGCCAAGAGGCCCCCAGCCCGGCUAUGGUGGCCCUCAGUAUCCCAUGCAACAAAACUAUGGUGCAGCCCCUGCCCCGGCACCUCCUCCACCUGCACAGAAGAGACUGGACCCUGACUCCAUCCCCAGCCCGCAAGCAUCUGAGCUGCCGGCUGUGCAGAAAUCAAGACAUAGAAUAGACCCAGACGCUAUCCCUAGCCCAAUCCAGGUGAUUGAGGACGACCGGGCCAAUAAGAGCAGCGAGCCAUUUACCACAGGGGUCCGAGGUCAGGCGCCUCCCCUGGUCACAACAACGUUCCAGGUGAAAGACCAGGGCAACGCCAGCCCGCGGUUCAUCCGCUGUACGGCCUACAACAUGCCCUGCACUGCCGACAUGGCCAAACAGUCUCAGGUCCCGCUGGCCGCUGUCAUCAAACCCCUAGCCACGCUGCCCCCUGACGAGUGCCCCCCGUACAUGGUGGACCACGGAGAGGGAGGCCCCAUCCGCUGUAACCGCUGCAAGGCCUACAUGUGUCCCUACAUGCAGUUCAUCGAGGGCGGCCGCCGCUUCCAGUGUGGCUUCUGCAGCUGUGUCACAGAGGUGCCUCCCCACUACUUCCAGCAUCUGGACCACACAGGGAAGAGAGUGGACUGCUACGACCGUCCAGAGCUCUCGCUGGGCAGCUACGAGUUUGUGGCUACCGUUGACUACUGUAAGAACAAUAAGCUUCCCCAGCCUCCGUCGUUUGUCUUCUUUAUAGACGUGUCUUACAAUGCUGUGAAGAGUGGCAUGGUCAACAUCGUCUGUCAGGAGCUGAAAACUCUACUGGACUACCUGCCCAGGGAGAACCCGGAGGUCGACUCGGCGGUGCGUGUGGGCUUUGUGACCUACAACAAGGUGUUACACUUCUACAACGUCAAGUCCAGCUUGGCCCAGCCCCAGAUGAUGGUGGUCAGCGACGUCAGUGACAUGUUUCUCCCGCUGCUCGACGGCUUCUUGGUCAACGUUAACGACAGCCGGAUGGUCAUCGAGAGUUUGCUAGACCAAAUUCCAGAGAUGUUUGCCGACACCAGGGAGACUGAGACUGUGUUUGGACCAGUCAUUCAGGCAGGGCUGGAGGCCCUGAAGGCUGCCGACUGUGCCGGCAAGCUUUUUGUGUUCCACUCCUCUCUGCCCAUCGCUGAGGCUCCUGGAAAACUGAAGAACCGAGAGGACAAGAAGCUGGUGGGGACCGACAAGGAGAAGGCUCUGUUCCAGCCCCAGUCUGGCUUCUACAGUAACCUGUCUAAGGAGUGUGUCGCCCAGGGCUGCUGCGUGGACCUCUUCCUGUUUCCCAACCAGUACAUCGACGUGGCAACCCUCGCCGUGGUGCCCGUCUCCACUGGGGGCUCCGUCUACAAAUACACCUACUUCCAAGCCGAGACAGACCGCGAGCGGUUCCUGAAUGACCUGCGACGAGAUGUCCAGAAGCCGAUGGGCUUUGACGCUGUCAUGAGGGUCCGGACCAGCACAGGUAUUAGAGCCACAGAUUUCUUUGGCUCCUUCUUCAUGAGUAACACGACAGACGUCGAGCUGGCAGGACUGGACUGUGACAAGACCGUUACCGUGGAGUUCCGGCACGACGACAAGCUCAGCGAGGAGACCGGCGCUCUCAUGCAGUGUGCCGUGUUGUACACCAGCUGCAGCGGUCAGCGGCGCCUGCGGGUUCACAACAUGGCGGUGAACUGCUGCUCCCAGCUUGCCGACCUUUACCGCAACUGUGAGACGGACACCAUCAUCAGCUUCUUCUCCAAGUACGCUUACCGCAGCAUACUGAACACGCCCACGAAGACCGUGAGAGAUACCCUGGUGAACCAGUGUGCCCAGAUACUGGCCUGCUACCGCAAGAACUGUGCCAGCCCCUCGUCUGCCGGACAGGUCAGUCUCUCACACAGCCUCCCUAUUGGACAGCUGAUCCUACCAGAGUGUAUGAAGCUGCUGCCCGUCUAUCUGAACUGUGUGCUGAAGAGCGACGUGCUGCUGCCCGGCGCCGACGUCUCAUUGGACGACAGAGCCUACUUGAGACAACUGGUUAGCUGCAUGGACGUAUCGGAGAGCCACGUCUUCUUCUAUCCCCGCCUGCUGCCCUUGGUGAAGUUAGAUGGAGGCUCAUUGCCCAUGGCGGUGCGUAACUCGGAGGAGCGCCUGUCGAAGGGCGGCGUCUACAUCUUGGAGACUGGGCUCCACCUCUUCCUGUGGGUCGGAGCCAAUGCCCAGCAAGAGCUGCUCAGUAACAUCUUCGGCACGCCCACCUUCAGCCAGAUAGACCCCAAUAUGACUAAUCUGCCAGACCUGGAUAACCCCUUCUCCAAAAGACUCAGAGAGAUCAUCGACUCUUUCAGGUCACAACGAUCACGAUACAUGAAGUUGAUGGUGGUGAAGCAGGAGGACAAGACAGAGCUAAUCUUUAAACACUUCCUGUGUGAGGACAAGAGCGCCAGCGGAGGAGCCUCCUAUGUUGACUUCCUGUGUCACAUGCAUAAGGAGAUUCGCCAGCUGCUCAGCUAGGACCCUGACCUCUGACCCAAUCACCCCCUCCCCCAAAGCGCUUUAUCUUUUAUUUACCUAAUAAACUAAACCCCUGCCCUCUCCCAGAGACAUACAAAGCCUCUUGGCAGAUUCUCUCUUUCUCUCUCUCUCUCUCUCUGUGUGUCCGUGUGUGUGUCCGUGUGUCCGUGUGUCCGUGUGUCCGUGUGUCCGUGUG